AUGACAGAAAAUUUCGUACCCUCUAAUCAGCAGCGCAACCUCCGCGCCUGCAUGGUCUGCUCAAUCGUCAUGACCCAAAACCGCUUCAUGCGAGAAGGAUGUCCCAACUGCGAAGAUUUCUUACAUCUGCAAGGAUCCAUGGAAGCGAUUAUCGACUGCACGUCUCAAGUAUUCGAGGGUCUUAUCACGCUGGCCGAUCCCUCCAAAUCGUGGGUUGCUAAAUGGCAGAGAUUGGAUGGAUAUGUGAGGGGAGUGUAUGCGACCAAAGUCAAUGGACAGUUACCAGAAGAAAUCGUCUCGACGAUGGAGGAAGAGGCGAGGGUUAAAUAUAUUCCGAGAGACGGAAGUGCUACGGAAGCGGAUUGA